CAUAAUAUGACCGUUGUACUCAAGUCCUGAUUGCGUGGAGACGUAUUAAGCCAACGGGGCUUUCCCCAAAUGAAGCCAGAGGGUUGUACCUUAAGAACAUGAAGCUUCGUUGAGAUUUGGUGCCAUGCGUGUGAGUUGUAAAAACAAGAAAAUAAAGUAUAUAUGAAUCAGAAUAGCUUGAUCCUGCAAGCUUUCCCUGCUUUUUCCUACUCAUCAAUUGCUUGUCUCUUCUUCAAAAAGGUGCCGCCUUUCCUUUUCACUCUCUUUAUAAGUCUCGUUUCCCAUUCAUGAAUGCCGCAACCAGAAUCAACAGAUCAGAUCCAGGAAGAAGAGUAAGAAGAUGGCAGAUUGGGGUCCUGUGUUCGUAUCCGUGAUGCUGUUCAUCCUGCUGACGCCUGGGCUGCUCAUACAAAUACCCGGGAAAAGCAGGAUCGUAGAAUUCGGGAAUUUCCAGACCAGUGGCGUAUCCAUACUGGUCCAUGCCAUCCUUUAUUUUGCCCUUAUUUGCAUCUUCUUGCUGGCCGUUGGGAUCCACAUCCCAUCCCGGCACCGAAAGCUAUCAACUCGAUUCAUUUUUUCCUCGAACAAUAUGGCUGACUGGGGUCCCGUGGUGAUCGGCGUCCUCCUCUUCGUCAUCCUCCAGCCUGGCCUGCUCUUUGCCUUCCCCGGCACCAACAGACAGCUCGAGUUCGGUAGCAUGAAGACCAACGGCAAGGCCAUCUUCAUUCACACCCUCAUCUUCUUCGCUCUCUAUGCCCUCAUUCUCUUCGCCCUUCACGUUCACAUCUACUCCGGCUGAUCAGGUUUCCUCCGCCGUUACUGCUCGCACCCGCCGCAUCGCUGCCCCUAAUUCUCUCCUCUCCUUUUUUCCGGUUCUGUUUCACUGUGACUUUUCAAUUAAGUAUAUAAAUGAAGGCUAAGGUUCCUUUAUUGGAUUAUUGAUAA